AAAAAUUGGAAACAUUGCGUUGCUUAAUAAAUAUUGUUAUUAAUUUUAUGUUAAAAAAAAUAAAUAAGCAUGAAGAUUAAGCCAGUACGACACAAGGAGUCAAACACGUUUAAGACAAGAAAAAAUGUUGAUAAACUCAACGAAAUCGAUGUUAAAGUAUAUCGUCAUGUACUUAAUAAAAAUGAAGUUCCUGAUGAAAAUUCAGUUGAAUCAUAUUUUUAUGUAUCACUCAAAAAAUGGAAUAUUGAUAAUUUAACAGAAGGCUUUUUAAAUUUUAAACGUGAAUUACCAGAAGUUCAAACACUUGAAUUGGUUCUUUUGCAUGAACAAAAAAUUGUAACUUUAUUGAAAGAUUAUUUGAAGAAAAAGGAUAUUUCAUUUGUUGAACCAAUACUUGACUUGACUCUGGCACUUGCCAAGGAUUUAUCAGGUCAUUUUUAUAAACAUUUUAUAAACAAAUAUGACUAUGAAAAAAUUGUAUCAUCUGAUGAAGAAUCAUCUCCAUCAUUGUUUAAGCUUAUUAUUGACUUGCUUACAAUAACAGACAUUCAAAUUGUCGAGUAUACAUUUAAAACACUUGGUCAUUUGUUCAAAUCACUUCGAGGAAAAUUGAUAGAACACAUAAAAGAAAUAAUAUAUUCACUUUUUCCAUUAUUUUCAAGUAAAAAUAAAUACUUCAAUGAAUUUGCUGCUGAAACGUUUUCAUUUGUUGCAAGAAAACUAAAAAUAACAAAUAUUAUUUCAACUUUUGAAAAUAAUAAUGAUGUUUUAAUUGGAGCAGUUGAUUUGGCUGUAUUAAUGUUACUUGCAAGUAACAUUGAAUUAACCCAACAAACAUCAAGUGAUCUUAUUAUGGAAUUAUUGCUGAUAAAAGAUAAAAAUAUAUCAUAUUAUGCAGCUGAAAAAUUGAUUAAUCAUUCGUCAUUUGAAACGUUAAUUCUGCCAAGAGCACUCAAAAGAAUUCAACAAAAUAAUGAAGAUUUCGAUGACAAUGAAUUACGUCUUUUUGCUAAAAUAGUAACAUCAAGAAGUCCACAUUGUCUGCAAGGUUCAUCAUUAAAUACUUGGAGAAAAAUUAUUAUUGAUUUACCAAGUAAAAUAUUAACAUGUUUAAAAGACAAAUUAAUUAAUUGGCAAAAUGGUAAUAAUAUUUCUGAAUCAUCAUUGAAAAUUAUCAUUAUACUGCCACAUUUAAUGGCUGAUGGAAAUAUCAUUGAAGCAUUAAAAAAUGUUGUAAAAUCAAUUUAUGAAAAAUUAAAUAACCAAGAUUGUUGUAAAUUAACAUCAGCUGAAAUUGAAAAUAAUUGUUAUGGAUUUUUAUUGGCAAUUGAAUCAUUGAUACAUAUUUUAGAUUCAAAAAAUUUUCAUGAAUUUAUCAGGAGUUUAAAUUUAUUGGAAUUUUUUAAAAAAUAUUCAAGUGUACCAUUUAUCUUGGAUUCAAUGGAUUUAAUUUUAACAUAUAUGGCAAAUUCUAAAAUUAAAUCUGAAUAUAUUAAUAUUCAAACGUUUGAAAUGAUCAAUGAAUUUUUAGAAUUUAAAUUAACAUCAGCAUACAGAAAAGUUAGAUUAACUGUUUGCCAUAUUUACAGUUUAUUUAGUACACUUGAUGAUUUAUUUGUUGAUAAUAAUGAUGACAAUAAUAAUGUACUUAAACGUUUAUUUAUUGCUGAAAAUAUUGAUGGAUUAGUUCAUACAUACAGAGAUCGUUUGAUUCAUAUUCAAGCACUCGGAUUUGAAACUAAAUUAAUUAAAAAUUUUAAUCCAAAAUAUUUAAGUAUUCCGCUUAGAUUUUUACUGGGUAAUUUUUAUAUAAACUUUGCAUUAUUAUGGAGUCCAGUAUCCAAAAUAGUUUCAUCAUAUGCAGAUGAAAAUUUCGAUAAAUUUUGGACAAUUUUCUUGGAAGAAUUAAAAAAAAAAGUGGAUGAUAAUAGUCAUUUGAUAAUUGAUACAAUAAGUGAUGAUUUUCUUUCGUCAUUUAAUUGUAAUGUUCUUACUGAAUUUGUUAAAAAAUUGACAAUAAUUGAUAAACCAGAUCAUCAAAAUUAUCAAGUUUUACUCUGGACAAGUAUGCAUGAAUUUUUUGAAUAUGCUGAAAUGAAAAAUCGUGAUGUUACACCAAUUUUCAUUGAUUAUGUUGAGGAUAAUUUUUUUAAAUCAAAUAUAGAAAAUGCAAAAUCUUGUAGUUUAAUUAGAAAAGAAAAAUUAAAUGAAACAAUUGAUCAAGACGAUGAUGAUGAUGAGGAUUUUUCAAAAAUUAAAAAUCCAAAAAGUCUUUAUCGUGAACAAGAAAUAAAUGAAAUAUAUUUAAAAUUAUUAAUAUCAAAAAGUGGUGAUUUACAAAAAGCAGCAUUAGAUUGUCUUGUAACAUAUAAAUAUACAUGGUUAUUACCAUACAAAAAUAAUUUAUAUGGUUUAAUUGAUGAAAAAAAUUUACGUAAUGAAUCAACACGUUUUAAAGUAGCAAAUGAAGAUAAUUUAUUGGGUACUAUUUUACCAAAUGAUCGUGAAUAUUUAAUGCCAAUUGUCAUGAGAAUAAUUUAUGCUAAAAUGAUAACACGUGGUACUGGUAGAAGUGCUAGUGGUUGUGGUGGUCUAGAACGUCGCAAAGCAUUAUUACGUUUUCUUAUGGGUGUUAAAGAAGAAGAAAUGAUGUUAUUUAUAAAUAUGGCAUUUAAAAUAUUUGAAACAUAUGGUAUUUCUUUAUCAUCAAAUGAAGAAAUACAUGAUUUAAAUAAAUUGACAAUUGAAUUAAUGGCUAAUAUUGAUUUAAAUAAUGUCAUACCACCAAGACGUUUAACAAGUGCUGUUAAUUUAUUGUCAAUUAUUAUUCAAGAUUUUGGUGCUAAAAUGUCAAAUUAUUUAUUACCAAAAUUAUUAGCAAUAUUAAUAUCAAUAAUGUCACAAAUUAAAAUAAUACUUGAUAAAUCAGAUAUAAUAUUACCUGGUUAUAUUAAAAUAAUAAAAGAAUUAAAAAAUAAUUGUAUCAAUAUUAUUGCUAAUUUUUUUAAACAAUUUGACAAUUAUAAUUGGUCAAAUUCUGAAUUAGAUGCAUUAUUUAAUGUUGGAAUAUUUCCAUAUAUUGAAAAACUUCCAAAUGAUGGUAUUUACAGUCCAACAUCAUUAUUAAAAUUGUUAUCACAAUGGGCACAUAAUUCAAGAUUUUAUUGUCUUCUUGUUAAACAUGAAGAUAAUAAUACUGAUAAAUAUCCAUUGAAAUAUAUUAUUCAACUUUUAAUGAAGAAAAAAAUUAUAAAUAUUAAUAAUAAUAAAAUAACAAAGCCAAUUAAUUCACAAGUCAUAAAUGAAAUUUUAAAAAUGAUUGGAGAAAUGUUAAAACAACAAGAUUAUGAUAUAAGUGCUGAUAAUCAAAUGGAAAUUGAUGACAUGCAUAAAAUAAUACCAUUAAAUCCAAAUAAUGUAUUGUCUAAUUCACUUGAUGAAAUUCCAAGUGUUGAUUUAAAUUAUGGUACAAAAAUUUUAUUACGUCAUGUACCAGAUAUAUUAAAAUUCAUGGAAGAAAAAUUUGAACGUUCAAAGACUGGUAUCAAUAAAAUUGAAUCAUUUAUUCUUGAAAGAAUAUCUGAAAUACCAUUAGAUCCAGAAGUAUCAAAUAAUCUUGUUGCAUUGUUAUUACCAACAAUAAUAAAACGUGCAUCACGUGGUGAAUCUGAAGAAAUUAUUGAUCAAUCAUUAACAACAAUAUCACAUUUAAUAAAAGAUGUUAAAGAACCACAAAUACAUUUACGUGUAAUAUUACCACUUUUAUCAAUUAUAACAUCAUCAGUAGCAAGAAAAACAUUGCUUAAAUUAUUAUCAUCAAUAGCUGAAAAAAUACCAGAAGUAUCUUCAUUAUCACGAGAUGUAUUUCAACAAAAUGUUAAUAUAUUAACUGAAUUAAAUGCAUAUAAUAAAAGAUGGAUUGAUCAGGCUGAUAUUGAAAAACGUUUAAGUGCAUUUGAAAUGAUAAAUAAAAUAAUAAAUUCUGAUAAUGAAAAACAACUUGAAUUAUUGACACUUGAAUUUGGUGUUGGUAUUAUUCAUUCAUGUUUUUAUUUUCUUAAAAAUGAAAAAGAUCAAGCAUUAUUAGAUAGAUCAGAAGAUUGUCUUAAAAAAAUUGGAUCAUUAUUUAGUCAUUUAUAUAAAGAUAAUAAAAUUGAUAGAUCAUAUUUAAUGAAUCAAACAAUAUUGAUAUUAAUUAAAAAUAAUAUAACAAGUAAAGGAAAAGAAAAUGAAAGCUUACGUUUUGCUUCAUUGACAUUAUUACGUUCAAUGUCAAUUGAAUGUCCAGAUAUACAUCCAGUAUUUCGUGAUUUAAAUUUAUUAACAGACAAAGUUGAUAAUGAAGUUGAUUUUUUUGAAAAUAUAAAACAUUUACAAUUUCACAGAAUAUCACGUGCACUUGAUAAAUUUUGUUUAAUAGCUAAAACUAAAAUGACUAAACCAAAUACUAAGACAAUUGUUGAAUUUAUAUAUCCAAUAGCAUCAUAUUAUCUUUGCAAUUCAUCAUUUCUUAAUAAAAAUAGUAUUAUUGAUUCAUCAAUAAAUGCCAUUGGUGCAUGUUGUCGUUUAUUAUCAUGGAAUCGAUAUUUAAUAAUACUUGAGUAUUAUUUAAAAAAAUUAAAAUCACCAAGUGAAUUUCGACGACAAUUAAUAAGAAUCAUCACCACAAUAUUAGAUGCAUUUCAUUAUGAUUUAUCAAAAUUAGAUAAUAUUGAAGAUAAUAUUUGUAAAUAUGUUCCUGAAUUUGAUAAAAAAUCAAAAGCAAAAAUUGAUGAUGAUGUUGAAGCUGAAAAUAUUAACGAAGAUGAAAAAUUACAUAAAGAUUUACAAAAAAUAUCUGAUGAUGAAGAAGAAAAAAUAAAUGAUGAUAAUAAAAUUAUGAAUGAUUUAGUUUUAUCAAAGAGUACUGCUAAACAAUUAAUAUCUGAUAUUAAAAAUAAAUUAUUACCACAUUUACAUAAUUUAAUAUUAUCAAGAACAGAUUAUGAACAAAGUUGUACUGAAAAUCAACAUGAUUCAAUGGCUAAAUUUGAAAGAGAACAACAAGAAUUAUCACGUAUACCAAUAGCACUUGCAAUGGUAAAAUUAUUACAAAAAUUACCAGGUAAUAUAUUAGAUAAUAAAAAUUAUAAUCAUUUACCAAGAAUAUUUAUGAAAUUAUGUACAUUUUUAAAAUCAAAAUUAGAAUCAGUACGUCGUGAAACACGUAUAAUACUUGAAAAAAUAAUGUUAUCAAUUGGUCCAGAUUAUCUUCAUCAUUUACUAGGUGUUAUGAAUUCAAUGUUAACAAGAGGUUUUGAAGUACAUGUACUUGCAUAUACAAUACAUGCUGUAUUAACAUGUUUAAAAGGACAAUAUAAAGAAAAUCAUAUUAAUGAUAAUUUAAUAAGUAUAUUAGAUGUAUGUAAAGUUGAUAUAUUUGGUAUAACUGGUGAAGAAAAAGACGUUAUUGGUGUUGUUAAAAAUACAUCUGAAGCUAAAACAACAAAAAGUUAUGAUAUGUAUAAUAUACUUGGACAAUAUAUUACUGAUUCAUGUCUUAUUGAUUUAAUAAAACCACUUGUUGAUAAAUUAAAUACAUCAAGAUCAUCAAAAAUAAUAAAUAAAGUUGUUGAAUGUUUAAGACAUGCUCUAUUGGGUCUUGCUGAUAAUACAUUUAUACAAACAGAUAAAAUGAUUAUAUUUUUAAUGGGUAUUAUGUCAAAAAGUAUACCAAAUUUAUUUGAAUCUAAAAAAAUUAAUAAUGACAAUGAACAUGAUAAAUUAUCAAAAAAAAAAAAUGAAAAACCAGAUUCAUUGUUAAUUACACCAGCACCAAAAAAUAGAAUGGGUGUUAAAUUAAUGUCAGAAACAACAUCAAAUACAAAUGAUCAUAUUAUACAAGAAUUUUCAUUAAAAUUAUUUCAUAUUUUAUUAAAACGUGAUAAAAUUAAAACAAAUAAAUUUCAACCAUAUUUAAAGCCAUUUGUAUCAGAAUUAGUAAAUUUUUUAAAAUCAAAACACACUAAACUAUCAUCAUUAUCAUUACAAUGUUUAGAUUGGAUACUUAAAUUUGAUUUUGAUGAAUCAAAAUCACAUAUUAAAAUUAUAGCUGAUGAAGUAUUUAAAAUACUACAUAAAUAUGGUGCAGCUGGUACAGCCAAAGGUGACAUUCGUGAACUUGUUAUGGCUGCAUUUAAAACAACGUCUGUUAUUGUACGUGAUGUUAAAUAUUAUAAAUUAAAAAGUCAUCAUAUAGAAGCAUUAUUAUUAUAUACUGAAGAAGAUCUUGAUAAUGAUAAUCAUCAAGUAAUAGCAUUUAAUUUAUUACGUGCAAUGUUACAUCGUAAAAUACAAUCAUCAGAAAUUGAAAAAGUUAUGAAACAAUUAUCAGAACUAAGUAUUACAUCACAAUCUGAAAAUAUAAGAUCACAAUCAAGAGGUGCAUGUUAUAAAUAUUUAAUUAAUUAUCAACAUAGUGUAAAGAAUUUUAAAAAUUACAUAAAAUUUUAUUUAGCACAAUUGGGCUAUGAAACAAUUGAUGGUAGAAAAAGUGCAUUGACAAUGAUACAAAUGAUUGUCAGUGGUUUUAAAGCUGAAUACUUUACUAAAUCAUUAAAUAAAUUGAUAUUUGAUGAUGUUGGUAAGAGACUUAUUAAGGACGAUGAACCAUCACUUCGUGAAAUGUCAGCAGAUAUAAUAGAAGAUUUAUUAUCUAAAAUUGAUAAUAAAAAUAAGGAUAUACUAUUUAAAAAUGUAUUGACAUGGUUUAACGAUGAAGAAGAUAUACAAAAUUGUCAAUUAGCAGCACAGUUAUGUGGUAUAUUUGCUGUUGUUGAAGAAGAUAAAUUUGAAAAAAGAUAUGAUGAAUGUUUACCAGUGAUAUUGAAACAAUUUCAUAAUAAUUAUCAUGAUGAUCAUAUCGAAAAUAAUGAAAGAUUGCAAGAUCAUAAUUUAAUUCAACUGUUAAUAUUAACUGGUAAAAUAUCUAUGAAAACAACAUACAUAAAUCCAACUAGUAAAAUAUCUGUUAAAAAAAAUUAUACAAAAUCAGACGAUAAUCAAAUAUUAAUUAAAGAAGAAAAAUGUAAUAAAUUUUUAACUGAUGAAAAAUGGAAUAGCUAUGUUGAAUCAUUAAGUAAAAUAAUUGUUGAUAAAUUAUUGGAACAUGAACAUACAUGGGUUAGACAUUAUGCUGUUCAACAAAUGAGAUAUAUUCUUAGCUCAUUGGAUAUUGAAAAAAUAUCAAAUAUAAUAAAUAAUAAAGAUAAAAUAUUAUGUCAAGAAAGUAUGGAUGAUGACGAUGAUGGUGAAUUUAAAUGGGAUGUAUAUGAAAAUCCGUUGAAAACAUUUAAAAAAUUGACAUUUGAUCUUAUUGAUCAAAUUCGUCCUGACAUGGACAGACUGGAAACUGUUGAUGAAGUUAUUAACAGUGUAUUUAUUAUUUCAAAAAUUAUUAAAUCAACAAAAUGUGCUGAAGAAAAAAAACAAGAGAAAAAUGAUAGUAUAUCAUUAUUUUUGAUAUUAAAAAAAUUAAGAAAAGCUGCUAAUUUUGAAAUAAGUCAAAAUCCAAAAUCAAUUGUUGUUCGUCAGGCAUUAUUCAGUUGGAUUAGAAAAAUUGUUAAUGAAAUUCCAAUUGAUCCAUAUUUGAGACCAAUACUUUUUCCAAUAAUGUCACCACUUGUUAGAGAAAUUGAUACAACUGAUGAAAAAAAUGCUCCAUUGAGACAAGAAGCAAAGACAAUUGCUAAUAUUAUUAAAUCAAAAAUGGGAUUUAAACAAAAAAAAGAAAAUAAUACAAAUGAAAAUGUUGAUAAUAAUGAUGGUGACUAUGCGAGAUUGUUACAUCAAGUCCAGCAAAAAAUGAUGAUCAAGAGAGGAGAAAGAUCAACAGCUAAAAAACGACAGUGUGUUACUGAUCCAGAAAUUGCAGCAAAGCGUAAAAUUUCUAGACAGGUCAAGAAGAAGGAAUCAAAGAAACGUAAGAAAACAGAAAUGUAUGGUAAAUUACCAAGGUCUAAGAAACCACGUAUAGAAGAAUGAAUUAAUAAAUAUUAAUUUUAUAAUUAAAUAUGUAUAAGACAUGUAUUAAAUACACUUAAAAUUACUGAAAACUAAUAUUUCGAUUGAUCUAUUUUUUUUUAA